AUGCGGCGUUUGGCAUCAAACGUCGAGAAAACCACUCAAUUUUCUGUCCUCGUCCGCUCUUCCCUUUAAAAUCACUUUCCACCUCACAACUAACAUCCAUUUACCUUCCUGUCUCCCAAAAAACCUUGCAAAAUGUCAACCAACAUCACCUGGCACCCGUCGCUCUCCCGCGCUGAGCGCAACUCGUUCCGCAAGCAGAAAGGCUUCACAAUCUGGUUCACCGGUCUCUCCGCGUCCGGAAAGUCGACCAUUGCUACGGCCCUCGAGCAACAUCUCCUACACCUUGGAUUCGCCGCCUACCGUCUCGAUGGCGACAAUGUACGCUUUGGACUGAACAAGGACCUGGGGUUCUCAGAGAAGGACAGGAAUGAGAACAUCCGACGGAUAGCGGAGGUCGCAAAGCUGUUCGCUGACAGCUCCACUAUUGCCAUCACAUCCUUCAUCUCGCCAUACAAGGCUGACCGCACCAUGGCACGCGAAUUACACGCCGUCACCACUGGCGACGACGAGCCGCUGGCCUUUGUCGAGGUCUUCGUCGACAUUCCGCUUGAGGUUGCCGAGGCCAGGGACCCCAAGGGCCUGUACAAGAAGGCGCGCGAGGGCAAGAUUCCCGAGUUCACGGGCAUUAGCGCGCCAUAUGAGGCACCAGAGAAGGCGGAAAUUCACAUCAGGAGUGACCUGAAGAGUGUGGAGGAGAGCGUCAAGGAGAUUGUGGACUACCUGCAGGGACGGGGGCUGUUGAGCUUGGAGAAAUAGGUGGAAUCUCAGCAAUUAUCAUGUGUGUGAUUUUGAAUAUACUCCUCAAUGCUAAAAGUACAAUUCAGCUCAAGCUCGACUAUUGACGGUAUGCGCAGUCCCUAUAUAAGUCAAGACCUACAGAUAUGGGUAUGAUCUGCUUAUCCACCAAUUACACCCACAAUAG